AUGGCCGCCCUAUCAUCAUCCCUCUUGGGUGCUCGUCACAUUCAAAACUUAAGUGCUGCAGCAGUAUUAGAGCCUCAUUGGGGGUAUGCGGAUCGGGCACUCCCUUGCACCAAUGAUGCGGGCUCGUGUGCAUACCUUGAUUCUGUCUAUUCAGCCCAUGAUCGGGGGAUGCUAUAUAGCGGCAUUUUCUGGUCUGCGAUUGGUGCUAUUCUACUCAUUUGGGCAUGUUGGAGACAUUAUGACCGUCCGAUGAUGAGCCCGAUUCUCAUUGCUCCUCAAUUAUCCGGUCUAUACAAAAUUCGUCGCUCAUUUGCGGCGCUCACAAAUCAAUUCUUACUGCCAGAUGCGUGCCGUUUUCUCUUUGGUCGUACUACACGCCUCCAAGUCCUCGUCCUCGCUUCGCUGGCUACCUAUCUACUUGUGUUCAGCUUUGUCGGCAUUCAAUACAACACUUGGGUCACACCCGUAUCGGGAAUGUCGAACACUUAUAACACUCGCUCAGGAAUCGGUCCCUGGGCGGAUCGUAUCGGCACAUUUGCGUAUGCCCUUACGCCUCUUUCGAUUAUGCUGAGUAGCCGAGAGUCCUUUCUUUCUCUCAUUACCGGCGUUCCUUACCAGAGUUUCAACUUUUUGCACCGAUGGCUGGGAUACAUCAUCUUUGUGCAAAGCUCCCUUCACACGAUCGGCUGGUGCAUUGUUGAACUCAAGCUGUACCAACCACAGCCAUCAGUUGGAAUUGAAUGGGUCACUCAGACAUACAUUGUGUGGGGCAUUGUCGCCAUGAUUCUCUUGCUUGCGUUGUUCGCCCUCAGCACUCCCUGGGGCAUCAGAGCUACCGGGUAUGAGACUUUUCGAAAGCUCCACUAUGUUCUCGCAAUGGUCUAUAUCGGUGCCUGCUGGGGUCAUUGGAAACAAUUAAAGUGUUAUCUGUGGCCCUCCCUGAUCUUCUGGUUUCUGGAUCGUGGAGCUCGAUUCGUCCGGACAGCAAUUCUGCAUUACCAUCCAGAUCAAUUCGAUCAAUCUCGAAUGUUCAGCUUUAAACCAGCAGAAGCAGCCAUCACUCGGUUUCCAGAUGAGGAGCAUGGCGAUGUCAUCCGACUCGAUAUGGAAAACCCACAAGAUAUCUGGGCUGUUGGUCAGCACUACUACUUGUGCUUCCAGAAAGGGAGCAUUUGGCAAUCACACCCAUUCACUCCACUCAAUGCUCCAAUUCUUUUACAAGGAAGAGUGAAGCACUCAUAUAUCUUCCGAGCGAAGAGUGGCGAAACAAAGAAAAUCGCCGACCUCGCCGCAACUGGCAUCCCAAUGACUCCAGUUAUCCUAACGGGUGCCUACGGAGAAGCUAUAAUGGAGAACCUGACUCCUGACACAAACAUCAUUUGUGUCGCAGGUGGCACAGGAAUCACGUACGUCCUGGGAGUCCUACUUGAGCUUGCACGACAAGCACCAUCUCCUAAUCGAAAAAUCGAGCUUAUCUGGGCAAUCCGACACAGUUCCAAUACGGAAUGGAUCGGUGAAGAGCUUUCUCUGCUGCGCAAAGCCAAGAAAGUCUUGAAUCUGAAGGUAAAGAUAUUUGCUACUAGAGAUUCUAGUAGCAGGCCCCACUCUAUUGAGCUGGAUGAGCCAUCGAAAACCUUUGCCACGGAUGAAGACGAGAAAGCCAUGCAAGUGAAACCCGUCUGUGCUGCAUCUGAUUCCGAUGUUUGCGAUUGUCCGAGUGGCUCGGUUGAGAAGCUCGGUGGGUCGGCAAACAGCAGUCAAAGACAUCCUUCUCUUCAUAAAAUGAUUCCAAAUUUCUUGGAGGGGACUGUCAGGGGACCUACUACCGUCUUUGCCAGCGGGCCUGGUGGGAUGAUUAGUGACCUGCGCAGCAUUGUUGCCUCCUGCAAUUCCGGCUCCAAGGUAUGGAAGGGACAGGAGAGAUUUGACGUCAGCCUCGUCUGUGAUGAUAGGUUGGAAUGGUAG